GGAAUGUUUUUCUUCUGUAAAGCGAACAGAACAUUUCCAGCCGCCGAACGAUUUCAUUUCAAAAAGUGAUUUGACAAUUUCACCAUGAUUAUUCUAUGGUUUCCAUUUUUCACAACGUUAUUCUGGCCUGUAAUAUGCACUUGCCCUCCGGAAGAAGACAUUGCACCUCACUGUAUAUGCAAGGACUUGGGGGACGGUCCCAUGAUGCUCUGCAACAAUGUAAUGUCAACGGACGAACUCUUUCCUCUCAUCAAGUCGACCGAUUCGUACGAUAUGUUUGCCUUGACUCUCAUGAAUUCUGCACUUUCUUACAUACCUAGUGAUUUAUUUAAAGGAACUCAAUAUCAGAAGAUCCGCUUUGUCAACACCCAAAUCAUGUCCUUGUCGGAUGAUGACUUGGCCUUCGUCGGUCUCGAAGACCGUCUCGAGGAACUGCGUGCCACAGACGCACACUACGUCACCCAGUGGGACUGGUCCCAGCUGAGGAACCAUCGACGUCUAGAUCUCAUCGACAUCAACCUCAUCUCCAUGCAUUCCUUGGAUCAGGAGUUUCCCGCCCUGAAAUCUCUGACAGCUUUAGGUCUUAUCAAAGCUGAAAUAUCAUUCAUCCAUCCGACGGCUUUCAGUAAACUAGAAAACUUGCAGAUUCUGGACAUGAGAGAUAAUUUAAUAACUGAAGUGAGUCGGUCCCUGUUGCCCAAUCCAGCUCAUCGACUUAGAUUGAUGGAUUUCAGUGGCAAUCAAUUGACUUCAUUACCAGAAAAUAUGUUUGAUGGCAUGCCAAAUUUGAAGGAGUUGGAACUUAACUUCAACAAAUUCAAAACUUUAAAUGAAGAAACAUUUUUGUGGCCUUUUGAACAUCUACAGUUAUUGCAAUUUAAAGGUAAUGAAUUUCUCUGUGAUUGUCGUCUGAAGUGGCUGGUGAAAGUCGGUAAGCCCUUCUACUUCCAGGGUAGCUGCUCCCUUCCAGAAAAUCUGAACGGCAUGUCACUGAAGGAUAUAUCAGAAAAGAUGUUGCGGUGUUGAUCGGCUGAUUGAAAAUAAAAUUUGUCGUUAUA